AUGAGUUGCAAUGGAUGCCGAGUCCUAAGAAAGGGUUGCAGUGACAAUUGCAUGCUCAGGCAAUGCCUACAAUGGAUAGAGGACCCCCAAGCUCAAGCCCACGCCACCGUUUUCGUUGCCAAGUUCUUUGGCCGCGCCGGCCUCUUCUCCUUCAUCAACGCCGUCUCCGAAUCCCAACGACCCGCUUUAUUUCAGUCGUUGUUUUUUGAGGCGGUGGGGCGGACUAUAAAUCCGGUGAAUGGAGCGACGGGGCUUCUUUUGAGUGGGAAGUGGGAGGUGUGCCAGGCGGCGGUGGAGACGGUGCUACGCGGCAGCACGUUGGAGCCACUUCCCGAGUACACUCGUGACGACCACCAAAAUUGCGUUCAUGAUCAUCAUAUUCGACUACAACGGCAGUCCCCCAAGAAGAAGAGGUCUAGCAAUUUGGCUUUCGAUGAUACUGGUGAUCAUGACGUGGCGAUCUGCCAGCUGCCUGAUCUUGAUCUUUGCUUGACGGCUGCGGGUGGGUUGACGUCGAGGACCAAGCGCGGAGAUUGUAGGGCGGGGACGCCGUCCUCGGCGGAAGAGUCCGAAACGACGACGUUAGGAAGCAGUUCGUCGUCAGCAGAUCAUUGUUGUGGUAAUAAUUUGAAGGGAACGACAAAGCUUCUGAGGUUAUUCAUUUGA